GUGAUAAAAAAAUACAAAAUUUCUUACAUUGACCGUGAGCAACUAAAAUGAAAAACAAGGAGAAAGAAAGAGAAUAUGAGGGAAAAAAAUAGAUUCAGGAGAAAGUAAGCGGCAGCAGAGAAACCCUUGGCCCCUGAACUGAAGUUCAACUAAACCCUCUCUUUCUCUUCACUUGGCGCAAAGCUUGAGGCAUCGAGCCAUGGGGCAAGGUGAAGCAUCUUCCGUAACGCUCGGUGCCAAGGCUUCUUCUCUCUCUUCAUCUUCCGUUUACGCCGUUGCCACUUCCCGCGCACACGUGCGAAUCGACUCAUCCGCGCUCGAUAGACUCUCCUCUAAGACGACGUCGUUUAAGCACACCAUCACGCUCCCCGAUUUCCUAACCAUAGAUGAAUCCAGAGCCUAUCUCCUCCUCCUCCUCAACAAGCUCCUCCUCUCCAACUCCAAUGCCCGUAUUCCCCUUCUCAUCUCUGAAACCCUCAAUUCGAACCCUCACACUUUCAAAUUCCAAGAUGUUGACGUCACCGAAGACGAACACUUGGUGCUCAACAACUCUUGUUGCACCUUGCUUGGGCUUUCAGCGAUUCUCGACCACCAAUCCUCGGCAUUGUCUGCGUUUGCUGACGUGGCGGCCGCGUUCUCUUGCGAGGCGUUGAAGGCUGACGUGGCGGCCUUCAAUUUGAUGGAUUCCGGCGACGGACACACUUCCAAGGAGGAAGUUGGCGUCGCCGGCGAUAUGAGGGUGUUGCUUAAUGGAUCCAAGUUGGUUGGUAAGGAUAAGGUUCGAUUAGUUUCAAGGAUUCCGAAAGUUCAUGGAACUAUGAGGGAGCAGGCCAAAGCCGUGCAUUCUAAGAUGAGGGUUGAGUUGAAUUCGGGGAUUAAAUUGGGGGAAAUUGAGGCAGGGAGUGAACAUGCUGUGUGUACUGUUCUGUUGCCGUUGGCGGUAGCGCUUCGUGAACUGGGUGAGGAUAGUUUUGCUCGUGCGAAGAGUAAUUUGGAGUGUGUUGGUGGUAAUAAUUUGAAAUUGGGUCUUGGAGAAAUGUUCGGAAGGGAAUGCCCCAGUGAUGUUAGUUUAAGCAGUGGUUUUAAUGUGGCUUUGAACUUGUUUUUGGGAAAGGAGUAUGAUAAGUUUGCACAUGAAGUCUGUGUGGUGAUGGCACUUGUGUGGAAAAUUGUGGCAUGGGAAUCUGUGACAGCGUUUGCGGUGCUCGAGGCUGCUGAGUUAAAUGAGAAGAUCCAAGGGGUUCAGGAAAAUGGAGAGAGUUUAAAAGUGGAGAAGAAGAAGAAGAAGGUUGUUUUGGGGAAAGGAACUAGUUCGAUUUUGGCGUUGAUCAAGGAAAGGUUACUGAGUGAAAGACAGGUGGUGGCCUUAGAGAAAUGGGUGGCGGAUUUUCUAUCAUUUUUGGAUUUGGCUAAACCUGAAUUUAAUGACUUUUUGUUGAAAGUAAAAGAUAUUGUAGAAAGCAAUGAAAGCAGAAGACUACCCAAGAUUCCUAAGGGGACUCGUGAUUUUGCUAAAGAACAAAUGACAAUUAGAAAGAGAGCUUUUUCAAUAAUAGAAGAAGUUUUUGAGAGGCAUGGUGCCACAGCCUUGGAUACCCCUGUUUUUGAAUUGCGAGAAACUCUCAUGGGAAAAUAUGGAGAAGAUUCAAAGUUGAUUUAUGAUCUUGCUGACCAGGGUGGGGAGCUCUGUUCUUUGAGGUAUGACCUGACAGUUCCGUUUGCUAGGUUUGUGGCUAUGAAUGGUCUGACAUCUUUCAAAAGGUACCAAAUAGCAAAGGUUUAUAGAAGGGACAACCCUUCCAAGGGAAGAUACCGCGAAUUUUAUCAAUGUGACUUUGAUAUUGCUGGUCCAGCUGAAAAAAUGGCUCCAGAUUUUGAGGUUGUUAGGAUUUUGACUGAACUACUUGAUGAGCUGAACAUUGGGGAAUAUGAGAUAAAGUUGAAUCAUAGGAAGUUGCUGGAUGGCAUGAUGCAAAUAUGUGGUGUACCUUCUGAAAAGUUUAGGACUAUAUGUUCAAGCAUUGACAAGUUAGACAAGCAGUCUUUUCAACAGAUAAGAAAAGAAAUGGUGGAAGAGAAAGGAUUAACUGCUGAAACAGCUGACAGAAUUGAAACAUUUGUUAAAGAAAAAGGAUCUCCUUUAGCAUUAUUAUCUAAAUUUAAACAAGAGGGAAGUGCUUUCUUAGAAAAUGCUGGAUCUGUUGAUGCAUUGAACGACCUGGAAAUUUUAUUUAAAGCUCUGGAAAAAUCAAAACGCAUUGAUAAAGUGGUUUUUGACUUGAGUCUUGCCAGAGGUCUUGAUUAUUACACUGGAGUUAUAUUCGAAGCUGUUUUUAAAGGAGGCACACAGGUUGGUUCAAUUGCUGCUGGCGGCCGAUAUGAUAACCUUAUAGGAAUGUUUGGAUCAAAGCAAGUUCCGGCAGUUGGUGUAAGUCUGGGAAUUGAGAGAGUAUUUGCCAUAAUGGAGCAACAGCAGAAGGAUCAAAACCAGAUGACUCGACCAAACAAGACACAAGUCCUGGUGAGCAUAUUCGGGAAUGACCUAUCAUUAGCUGCAGAGCUGGCUGGAGAAUUGUGGGAUGCUGGGGUGAAAGCAGAAUUCUUGGUCAAUAAAAGAAGACCUAAGCACUUCGACUAUGCAAAAGAAUCAAGGAUCCCAUGGAUGGUAAUUGUUGGUGAGCAGGAAAUAGAAGAAGGCACGGUGCAAUUGAAAGACCUCGAGGCCAGUAAUGAUAUCAAAAUUCCUAGAGGAGAAUUUGUGGAGGAACUUCGGAGACGGUUAUCCCCUUGAGGCCCAGUAUACUUUCAACUUCAUUGUCCAAUUUAUAUUUCAACUUCAGAUUCCAGGGAGUAUAGGUUUUACUGACAUUUCAUGUUUGGCUAGCGACUUAGGCUGAAAAUUAAUUGCCCCUUUUAUCCAAUAGUUAUAGCCUAUAGCAGCAUUACUUUUCAGCUAUUCUUGUUUUAUGAGCUUAUUUUUUUUAUUUUGUCUUCAAAACCUGUAGGGUUUCUUUUUUUCUGUUUCUUGUUAAAUUGUAACGGUUUUGGUUAUAUAAAAUGAAGAAAAGGAUGAUUUUUUAUGUUAUGGAUGGCGGUAUGAUACACGUCAGAGGUGUUGGGUGUUGGGUGUUGGGUGUUGGGUGUUGGGUAUGAUACACUUGAUCCAUUAAUCAAUCCAACCAUUAACUCG